CAGCUACCUCACCUUACUCUUCUCCACCAACUGCUUCUCCCAAACUCAACUCUUCUCUCUCCCCCAAAACAUUCUAAACGCAUCUCUAGCAUUUAGCGUUUUCAAUUACUUAAACACUCAACGAACCAUCGCCUCUGUAAGCCUGUCGUACACAUCGUUGACAGUGCCGUAACGUCUCCGCGCAAACUCUACCAACAAUCACACGAUCUCUGCAUCCUACCGCGAUGGCUGCUCAAGCUGUUCAGCCUUCCAAGUCCGCGAAGAAGAAGGCCGCCAAGGCCCUCGAGCGAACCGAAUCUCCUGCGCCCAGCGUUGCCUCUGCCACUGCCGAUAAGAACAGCGAUGACAGCUUCGAGAGCCCAUACAUCAAGGAGAUCCAAAAGAACAUCCGAAAUGUCAACAAGAAGAUCACCAACGCUUCCAAGACCGACUCCCUCCUGAGCCAGAACCCCGGCAAGUCCCUUGAUGAAUUGGUCGAGUCUCGAAUCAUCAACAACGACCAGAAGGCCCAGAUCCUCAAGAAGCCCGCUCUGCAGGCCCAGCUAGCGCAAUACGAGGAACAGCUUGUGCAAUACCAAAAGGUUGACGAGCAGUACCGCACACGUGCCGCCAGUGACAAGGCAGAAUGGGAGAAGAACUUGGAGAAGGCCAAGGCCGAUGCUGUUGCAGAGGCCAAGGCUGAGUCUACCAAGGCUCUCCAUGACAACCUCCUCGUCCUCUCACAAUUCUUGCGACUUGCUGCCUACCGCCGCGAGGAAGCUCAGGACCCCGACUCUGAUGAGAGCCAAGCUAUCGAGGGUGUGCUUCUUGCCAUCUACUCUGGUGACGAGAACGCUGUCCAGUCUAUGCUGAAGCUUGUCAAUGGCUCUGAGGAUCAGAUUUUCAGCGUACCCGGCGAGCAACUACAGACCUCUUUCUCCAAGGUCAAGGCCCUCGCUCAAGAGUACAAGACUCACUUUGACGAGCCCCAGCCUGCUGAGGGUGACGCUGAGCACGUUAAGGAAGUUGCUACCGAUCCCACUAUUGCGCACGCUGCCGCUACCGAGAUUGAGGCUGGCGACACCGCCGCUCCCGUUGUCACUGAGCCCUCUUCCACCUCCAACGGCUUGGCCAACGCCAGUGUUGCUGAUGACGCUGCUAAUGCUGUCGCCGAAAGCCAUUGGGACACGAGUAACGAUCUGUCCGCUUCGCAGGAGUGGGUCGAUGUGAAGCCUGCCGAGGCUGUUGAGGCCGAUGCUGCUGCUCCCACUCGCGUUGCCAACACCCACUCUUGGGCUGAUGACCACCCGGAGACCACUGCCCCUGCUGAUCCCAACGACGGAUUCCACCAGGUGCAGCGAAAGGGUCCCCGUAACGAAGGUGGCAACCACCGAGGUCGCGGACGAGGUGAGCACCGUGGUCGAGGUGGAUUCCGCGGUGAUGGUCGUGGCCGCGGCCGCGGUCGUGGUGGUGCUGGUCGAGGCGGACGACGCGGCGAUGAGGCUUAAGUACCUCGAAACAUGGCAUGCGGUAAACACACAAACUUACGAAUCUCCUUUUAUCUCCCGGAGGCAAAUGUACACCAUGAGAUGACGGCGUUUACAAGUCAAGAUUUCUAUCUAGGGCGAAUAGCCAGGGGACGGACGGUGGACUUGAGGACUUUGCAUUUUGGGGUUUUGAUGAUUUUGGGACUCGGAUAUACAUCUGGCCACGGUUUCGGUUGGAGUUCUCUAUACCUUUGUAACAAAAUAGGCCUUCCGGGGAUUGGGCAGUAGGUAAAUAAUGUGAAUGGAUACCCGCCAAA